CGAAGACGGAACGCAAUCGACAGCCAUCUCCGCUCUGCCAGUGCCACAAUUUCGAUCGGCUUGCAUCUGAACCACCAAUCUCAACUCGCCCAUUUGCAGCGCACCCCUGGCGCACUCAUCCUGGCUUUUAUAGUCUUUUAUCCUCUCCGUCGUCGGCAGCGUCUUCACCGGCGGCAAGCCGAUAGCCACAACUGAACACGCGGGUCGUUUUCGGGGAUCCGGACUCGGGAGUCCGUCCAUGCAUGGGCAUCCUGCGGAGUCACGGGCCACCGGUCAGGCGUGAGCAGAAAUGCGGGGUAGGAUGGGGUUGGACGUCCGUCGCUCACCAUAUCAUCCUCGUCACUCUCGGACUUCCGUGUCAUCUCCCGCGGUGCUACGACCCCUCCCAUUUGUAUUAGACUCGAUUGGUUAGCGCAAGAUGAGCAAGAGCCUGUCGGGAAAGGAGGUCGCGGCGCAUAACACGGCGGAGAGUUGCUGGAUCAUUGUGCAUGGCAAGGUGUACGACGUUACGGAGUUCCUGCCAGAGCACCCAGGAGGAAGCAAGAUCAUUCUGAAGUACGCGGGCAAGGACGCUACUGCCGAGUACGACCCCAUUCACCCUCCAAACGCCAUCCAUGACAACCUGCCGCCUGAGAAGCACCUAGGACCUGUCGACCCUGAAACCGUACUCAAGGUUGAGAUCACGGUCACAGACGAGGAAAAGGAGCGGCAGAUACGGAUGCAACAGCGGCCUCCGCUCACCGAGAUACUCAACCUGCACGACUUCGAGGCAAUUGCGCGGCAGGUGAUGACGGAGAAGGCGUGGGCAUAUUACAGCUCGGCCGCCGACGACGAAAUCACUACGCGUGAGAACCACGCUGCGUACCACAGAAUAUGGUUCCGACCUCGCAUUCUUCGCAGUGUCACGAACGUGGACUGGUCGACGAAGAUUCUCGGACAUGCUACCAAGAUGCCAAUAUACAUCACUGCGACAGCACUCGGAAAGCUCGGACACCCGGACGGCGAGCUCAACCUGACAAGAGCCGCGGCGAAACACAACGUCAUCCAAAUGAUCCCGACUCUGGCAUCGUGCUCGUUCGACGAGAUCGUCGACAACGCGGCGCCCGGUCAAGUGCAGUUCCUCCAGCUGUACGUCAACUCGGACAGAGAGAUCACGAAGAAGUUCGUGCAGCAUGCGGAGAGGCGCGGGAUCAAGGGUUUGUUCAUCACUGUGGAUGCGCCCCAGCUUGGACGCCGUGAAAAGGAUAUGCGCAUGAAGUUCGAGGCGGAGGACCCAUCAGAGGUUACAGACAACAAGGUGUCGGACAAGGUUGAUCGGUCACAGGGUGCCGCGAGGGCUAUCAGUUCAUUCAUCGACACAGGUCUCGACUGGAAGGACAUUCCGUGGUUCCAGUCGAUUACCAAGAUGCCCAUUAUCCUGAAGGGCGUGCAAUGCUGGGAAGACGCACUGUUGGCGUACGAUGCGGGCCUAGCCGGCGUUGUGCUCUCGAACCACGGUGGGCGGCAGCUCGAGUUCUCGCGCUCGGGCGUAGAGACGCUGGUUGAGGUCGUUCGGGAACUUAAGGCCCGCCGCGGGCUGACGUUCCCCAACGAAAAGUUCCAGCUGUUCGUCGACGGAGGUGUGCGCCGCGCAUCGGAUGUGCUCAAGGCUAUUGCGCUUGGUGCCACAGCGGUGGGCAUUGGCCGGCCGUUCUUGUAUGCGUUCUCUUCGUAUGGCCAGGACGGUGUCGAACACGCUCUGCAGAUCCUUCACGACGAGUUCGAGAUGAACAUGCGGCUGCUGGGUGCUCGCACGAUCAAGGAGGUCGUCCCGGAGAUGGUCGAUGCCGGGUCUAUUCACCAGCACAUUGUAUCCGUGCCCAGUGACAGCUUGUACUUUGGCAACUACGAGAGCAUGGUGUCAGCACGCCUGAAGUCCAAGAUAUAAUCGAAGUUGGUUGCUGUAACUGGCGUUAAUUUGGAUUACAAACCGUCAUGUCCUCUAGAUAUAUGUACUGAUACCAUAUCUGUUUAUACACGUGACUCUGAUAUCUCGCACUGGCAUUGUACGCAGUUGUCAAUCGAGCCGCCGAGUUGACAGAAUUGAGUGCAGUUGCGUUG